CAGCUACAAAACAUACUUUUUAUAUUUCAUCAACAAAAUACAAUUAUUACAUUGUAAAGCUUUUAAUUUAAUUAACCGUGUACUUAAAACAUGUCGAAGAAACGACUUGCAGCCACAAAACUUCCGCUGUAACCUUCAUAUUUGCUAACUUAUGCUAAUGAUAUGAUGGUUUAUGAGCAUAUCUUCUGCGAACAUCUCCACUCUACAGGUUCUUUGGUGGACUAUGGGAAAUGCCACCUCCUAUGUAUUCAGUCCACUUAAGUUUGGGAGAUGCUACCUCCUGCCUCUAUGCACCGGGUGCAGAUUUUUCUAUUCCUCCACCAGCCGUGGUACUCUCAAAUCAACUCAACCCAACCAUGAACUCAAUCUUCUCUCCAUGCAGCCAGUCACAGAGCUGUCCCUACCCUCUCUGGUUGAUAUGGGAUUCACAGACUCCCAGGCAGAGCAGUUGUACGAUGCCACCUCCAAACUCAAAGGAGGUGCUGCUAAACAUGCUCUGUCAACUCUCACUGCUCUGUUUGUCUUGGGCCUCAAUCCUUCCAAUGUGCUGAAACUCCUGGAGAAAUGUCCUGAACUUUACACCAUCAAAGAAUCACAGAUUCAGCAGCGCAUAGCCAACAUCCGGAAACUGGGUUUAGUUGAAGGCAGUCUACAAAGAGUGGUGUCUCAUUACCCCCAGAUCCUGACUGUGCCUGUGAAGACGGUAAAAAAUGUGGUGGUGUUCCUCAGAGAGAAGUGCUUAUUUACCGCCCAGCAGGUCACGGAAAUCCUCAGAGAUAGUCCGGCCGUAGUACUGGAAAACAUGGGUCAGCUGGAGUACAAGUUUCAGUACGUCUACUUCCGAAUGGGGGUCAAACAGGCGGAGAUGGUGAAGUCCAGGUUGCUCCGUUUCACUCUGGAGGAGGUGCGCUGUCGACACUGUUUUCUGGAGCGCAGGGGCCUGUAUCAAACCCCAGACAAGAAAGGACAGACGGUGAUCCUCAACCCCAAACUGGCCAGUAUCCUCAAGGGUGACGAGGACACCUUCCUUACAGACGUUGCUAAUGCAUCAGCAGAGGAGUAUGAUGUAUUGAAGAGAAUGAUGAAAAGAGAAUGGUGGGAAGAGGAGCAGCUGCAGGGCACCAUUGAAGCGAAUGAUGAUGAGGAAGAGGAGGAUGAAGAGGAUGAGGAGACUGGAGGGGGAAGUGGAUACACGAGGAGGAGAAAGAAAUGACAGAGCACUGUGGGAGGGACUGGGAGAACCUAAUUAAGGAAGUUACAUGAUAAGAGAAAAAUAUCUGAUGAUGAUGCAUGAACCAAUAAAAUGUUUCCUUUUAUCAGUU